GGGCCUGACUCGGGGCAGGAGUAGGCCUAAGUUUUAGAUAUAGUAAUUAUAUACCGUAGGCCUACGGACGACAAUCAACACUAAACAUGACCAAUGCUCAAUGAUUGCUGGAAUAGAGUAUAUGUUUGGUAUUGUUGGCGUUCCAAUCAUAGAGGUUGGAAUGGCCGCCCAAACCGAGGGCAUCAAGUUCAUUGCCAUGAGAAAUGAGCAGGCUGCUUCGUAUGGAGCAUCUGCGAUUGGGUAUCUCACAGGACGCCCUGCCGUCUGCCUGGUGGUGUCCGGUCCUGGUCUGGUUCAUGCAUUUGCUGGCAUGGCCAACGCCAUGGAAAACUGCUGGCCUCUGAUUGUUAUUGGUGGGUCAUGUGACAGAGAUCAUGAGUCAAUGGGAGGCUUUCAAGAAUAUCCUCAAGUUUCAUUUGCACAAAAAUACAGCAAGUUUUCUGCAAGACCAAGCAGCAUAGAACAAAUUCCAUUCUUCAUUGAAAAGGCAGUUCGACAAAGCAUAUAUGGACGUCCUGGUGCAUGUUACAUAGACCUUAGUGCUGAGAUGGUAACAGGAACAGUACCCGUCAGUUCAAUCAGAGAUGUUCCAUACUGCCCACCUCCGCCUAGAAUUCUAGCUGACCCCAAGGAUGUGAAGGAAGCUGUUGAUAUUCUGUUGUCGGCACAGAGACCAUUAGUUGUAAUAGGAAAAGGGGCUGCCUAUGCCAGAGCUGAAGAAGUAACCAACCAGUUAGUGUCCCUGUGCCGAUUGCCGUUCCUGCCAACCCCGAUGGGUAAAGGUGUGAUCCCAGACAGUCACCAGUUCUGUGUCUCGCCCGCCAGAACCAGAGCCCUUGCAGAAGCAGAUGUUGUGCUUUUACUUGGAGCUCGCCUCAACUGGAUACUUCACUUUGGACGGCCACCGAGAUUCAGCAAAGGCGUCAGAUUUAUACAGAUUGACAUCUGCCCAGAGGAGAUAGGUAACAAUGUAAAACCAGCUGUCGGACUUGUUGGCGAUCUCAGAUGUGUUAUAGGGCAGUUGGUUACAGAAGUUCAAAGUCGACCGAAACAUCUUCAGUCCUGUUCAAAUUCAUCCUGGUGGAAACUAUUGAGGACAAAGAUUGAUUCUAAUCAGGCAUCGGUCAAGUCCAUGUGUGAUGAUACUAGCGUCCCUCUUAACUACUAUGCAGCUUUAUCCGAGAUACAGAAGAUUCUGCCCAGUGAUUGUUUGAUCAUCAACGAAGGCUCCAACACGAUGGACAUAGGCAGGACGAUGCUGCUUAAUCAUUUCCCACGGCAUCGACUGGAUGCUGGUACUUUUGGAACAAUGGGUGUUGGUCUUGGUUUUGCUGUUGCUGCUGCCAUCUGGUGUAGAGAUCAUGAGCCAGGAAAGAGAAUCAUCUGUGUGCAGGGGGACAGUGCAUUUGGCUUCUCAGGAAUGGAAAUUGAGACGUUACAAAGAUAUCAACUGCCAGUCAUCAUCAUCAUCCUCAACAACAACGGCAUCAUGAUGGGCGUUGACGAGGACAGCUGGGAGACCAUGAAGGAGAAUGACCUCAGUCUGACAGCCCCGCCUACAUCUUUAGUACCAAAUACCCGAUAUGAAAAACUGAUAGAUGUGUUUGGGGGUCGAGGCUACUUUGCCCAGACAGUUGAGGAAAUCCGCAGCAGUCUGCAGUCAGCACUGAGAGACACGAAACAGAGUUCCAUCAUCAACAUCACAAUUAACCCACACGCUCAACGCAAACCACAGGAAUUUUACUGGUUUUCAAAGUCUAAAAUGUGAAGACAUUUUCAUUGUGGCCAACAGUCCUGGAUAGAAAAUGAUGGCAUUUAAUUAUGCAAGACAUUACUAUUUAUAACUGAAGGAGCCCUGUGACUUGACAGAUAUUUUUUAUCUGCACCAAUGCUGACAUUAUGAUUCAUGUAAGCUAUAGUCGGUGAAACCAGUAAAAAGACAGAUUUAUUUAAUGACAACUCAGUACAUUUUAAACUACGACGAUUUGAUGUCUACCAUAUGGUUAUUAACGCAAGAGAGAGAGGAAACCUGCUGUUGCAUCAUAGGUUUUUCCUACCAAAAAAUCUUUAGCGGAUCACUUUUUAGGCCAAUACAAAAACUUAAAUAUUGAAAGACAUGUUCUAAAAUGUAAAAUUAUAAAUAAAAAAGCUAAUUUCAUCUCAAUGCCGAAUAUAUACAGGGAAAUACUCUUAACAUGGAAGGACCUUGACAUUACUAGAGACACUAAUAGCUACCAACAGAUAAUUCAUGAACCGUUACAAAAAAACAGCAAUUUUUCAUGUAAUUCACUCGCCCUAGUUCUCAAAGCUUUUUUUUUUAACUCAUAGUUUUCAAAAUUUACAAAUAUUGUAACCAUCUUGGAAAUGUGCAUUUGUUGGCACCAACAAUAAGAAUUAAACACUGUUAGGUUGCUGUUGUGAACAACAUUCUUCUGUUGUGAUCAGAUCACUGUGACCUUUUUUUCUUUGGAGAUUGACUAAUAUAUUCAAAACCUAUUUUAUUUUAACAAAGAUGGUUCAUUGAUAUACCGUGUUUAAUGACAAUUUGGUGGGGGCUAAUUUAUUAACAAAUAUAACAACAAAUAUGGUGGUAUUAAAAUCAAAAUAUAUUUAUUAAAUAAUAUUAUUGUGCACCAACAAAAUAUAAUUAAAUAUGCAUUGUAAAUAUAAAAACUAUUAAAAUUAAUAUGAACAAUAUCUGUUAAUAUCUAAAUAAAUGUAUGAUAAUUUAAUUAGUAAAAAUUUAUAACACAACAGACUGCAUGAUUGUAUAACUAAAUAAUAAUCAAAUAAUAAUCAAUAACUACAAAUAUGCUGAAAUAAAAUACUUAUUUGAUACCAGUAUAAUAUUUCCACUACAUCACAAUGUAACAAGUAUUUAAAGAAAUGCUAUUUUUAAAUAAUGACUGCAAUUCAAAAUAACCAGGUUAUUCCCCUUUGAGAUAACAGGCUACUGAAUAUGACCAUAUAUGUAGAUUAUUCAGGAAUUCCAUGUUUGGUAUAUUUUUACUACAUUGCAAUUCAUGUCCAGAUUAUUUGGCAAACAUACAUGUGAAGUAACAUUUUUACUUUACAUUUAAAGGCAUCCCAAGUUAUUCAAGUUUGAGAGAGAUAUCACAAUAUAAAAACUAUUGAUAUUACAUUUCAAGAUAUGCAAGUUUGAGUGAGAUAUAAAGGUUAUUACCAGAGUGUUUUUUGGUAUUGUCAAUAUCAAAUGCAGUGUAUUAGGAAUAAAAAUUGUAUU